UGAUGUGGUGUUUCCGGCUUCAAAGCGCUGGGUGAUGUGGUGUUUCCGGCUUCACAGCACUAGGUGAUGUGGUGUCCAGUGUUUCCGGCUUCACGAAGCUGAAGCUGCACUAUGGAUGAUCCAUUUUUCGUCGUUAAAGCUGAGGUACAGAAGGCGGUGCUCCGUGGGCGGGGCCUAUGUGAGAGAUGGGUGGAGCUUCUACAGGAGGAGGAACCCGUGAGCCGAGAUGAACUCGAUUGGAGCAAAAAUGAACUGCGCAACUGUUUACGGGCCAUCGAGUGGGACUUAGAGGAUCUCCAGGAGACCAUCAGUAUUGUACAGUCGAACCCCGGUAAGUUCCGUCUGUGUGAAAAUGAACUGCAGGAGAGAAGAGAGUUUGUGGAGCAAACACGCACUGCUGUACAGGAGAUGAAGCAGCAGCUCUCCAGUCCCUCUGCUGUUGCUCAGGCUGAGAAGAAGAACAGACAGGCUCUGUUGGACACACAGCGGAAUGCAGGUUUGGAUCCUCACCUGGUAUCAGCAAAUUCGAGGUACAUUCAGGAACAACAGGAGCAGCAGCAGCUGAUAGUUCAGGAGCAGGAUGAGCAGUUGGAGCUGGUUUCCGGAAGUAUCCGUGUUCUAAAGGACAUGAGUGAUAGGAUUGGAGAUGAACUGAACGAGCAGGCCGUUAUGCUGGAGGAGUUCAGUGAGGAGAUGGAGCAGACGGGUUCCAGAAUGGAUUCAGUGUUGAAAAAACUGGAAAAAGUUUCGCACAUGACCAGCAGCCGGAGACAAUGGUGUGCUAUAGGUGCUCUCCUCAUCAUCCUCAUCAUCGUCCUCAUCCUCUUCUUCACUCUGUGAGAGAGACAGAUCUGUCCAUCCGGCCAAGGGACUGGGAGACCGAGAGGGAGAGAGACAGGUGUGCUCUCCUCCACCCAGCAGACUGUUAAUCUCUCUCUGUGUCUCUCUCUCUCUCUCUCUCUCUCUCUCUCUCUCUCUCUCUCUCUGUGUCCAUCUGUAUGUGUAUGUGUGUGUGUGCGCGUGUUCGUGCACGUGUGUGUGAGAUUGUGGGUGUUUUUACUGUUAAUAUUUUUACACUGUAGUGGUGAUGAAACUGAACAGUUACUGAUGGUUGUGUAUAGAUAAGAAACUUUUAUAAAAUAAUAAUAAUAUGACAUUUGACACUUUAUCACAGUUUGUGAUAUCAGGAUAUUGUAUUAAAGACUUUGUCGACUGUCAUUAUAAACAGUGCCUUGUUUAUAUUUUGUUUAACGGCAAAAGUACAACACAAAAGUGAUAAAGAGAAAAUCUGAACAAAUAAAACCUGUAAACAGUUACAUAAAUGAAUAAAUGAAUGAGAGGUCUGCUACAGGA